UCCCUUUUCUCCCAUCCAGAACCAAAGACCCAGCUCACUAGCCCCCUCCGGAAGGUCUAGAAACCUGCUAGUGAUGGCACGCGUCGCUGCCGCUAACCUGCGUGGUCUGGUCGGCAUUGGAGCGGCGGGUCGGCGCCGGGUGACCGCCUCCGUCGUGACGCACCGCGCGACACCCGGCGGGCGCGGGUUCCGGGCCGCGGCCUCAGGCUCUGUGGGCAGGACGACGCCUGAAUCCUCCUCUUCGUCCUCGUCGGCUCUACCACAGUUGCAGCCGCGGCGCGGCUUGGCGACGAGACGAGCGGUGCUGCGUGACUUGCUUAGCGGCGGCUUCGAGAGUGAGGAUGGUAAUCUGAGCUGUGGAUAUUCAAGUUUUAAGGGGAGGAGACCUACUAUGGAGGAUCGCUACGACGUAAAGUUCGCUAAAAUUAAGGGACAGACAGUUAGCCUGUUUGGUGUAUUUGAUGGUCAUGCAGGAGCACUUGCUGCUGAAUAUCUAAAGGAACAUCUGCUUGACAACCUUAUCGAGCAUCCUCAGUUCCUGAGAAACCCAAAGCUUGCUCUAAAGACGACCUUCCUGAAAAGUGAUGCUGAUUUCUUAGAAUCGGUAACCACUCCUUAUAGGGAGGAUGGUUCGACAGCUUUGGCUGCUGUUUUGGUUGGUGAACAACUUUAUGUAGCAAAUGUUGGCGAUUCACGUGCUAUCGCUUUAAAAGGUGGCAAAGCUAUCCCACUCUCAGAUGACCAUAAACCUAACUUAAAGGAUGAGCGAACGAGAAUUGAGAAUGCUGGAGGUGGCGUUAGUUAUGAUGGUUUUACUUGGAGGGUUGAUGGAAUUCUGGCAAUGUCCCGUGCAUUUGGCAACCGUGGAUUGAAGAAUUAUGUGAUAGCAGAGCCUGACAUUCAGGAAACGCAGGUCAACAGUGACCUGGAAUACCUGGUUCUCGCUACAGAUGGUCUUUGGGAUGUUGUGCAAAAUGAGGAUGUUAUUUCACUUAUGAGAGCAACUGACGGGCCUGAGGCAGCGGCGGUGAAGCUGACGGAAAUGGCCCACUCCCGGCACAGCUCAGACAACAUCACAUGCAUUGUGGUGCGAUUUCACCACUGAACAAUGUAGGAUACGUGACGGAGAUUGAUGGCAGUGAAGUUUUGUCACUUGAAAUAUCCGAAAGAAUAUCUUCCUCUGAUCUAUGGCACCAACAAGACUUCAACAGCUGUGAAAGAGACUGGCCGAUUGGUUGGUUCUUUUUGUAGGGAAUUUUUUGCAUCUAUUAUCAUUAGUGGAAUUGCAUCAGAUCUGUUAGUAGUUGGGUCCACAAAAUCUGGAGAAAACCUCAAACGUGGAACAUGAUGUUACGUCCGUUCCAUCGUCAUUUUGCAUUCUGGUGCAACAAAUGGAGAAGGCCUAGGGCAUGCUACUAUUACACCACUGCUUCAUUAUCUUAUAAUAAUAAUUGAAGGAGUGUGGAGUGUUUUCUUCGUA